CGCCGCCUACCGCUUCCGAUACCUCCCCUGCGCCUACCCCCGCAUCGACGCAAAAGCAACCUGAACAACGGAACGAACCGGAACAGGCACCCCCACAAGCACAGAGUGCUACUGCCAGAGAUAGCACACACGCACACGGUGACCGGGGUGCUCAUGUACAGUCUGAGACCUCUCCUCAGGAGACCGAAUCUCAUCAUGACAAGGUACACAGUGGCGGUGGUAUGCACGAAGGCGCGGGAGCCAAUCCGAAUGCAGGAAAUGCACACGCACAGCCAAUGGGAUCGCCGAACGAUAGCGGUCACGACGCCAAGGACGAUAAGAAGAAGAAGAAAACUGCGUUUCAGAAGAUCUUUGGCAAACGAAACAAAGUCUGA